AUGGAGAAAGGUGACAACAGUGAGAGACAAAGAAGAGAACAAGAAGGAGAAUGUGAAGAUGAUAUAAUAAACCAAGAAAGUAAUCAAAAUGUAGGAAACAGAAUAAGAGAAGGUGACUCAUCCCAAAAUAGGAAUAAUAAUAUGAUGGAUCAAAUGAUGCAAUAUUUGGAACAGAUGAAUAAAGGUUUAGAAGAAAAAUUGGAUAAAGUGGAAGAAAAAUUGACAGAAGAGAGAAAAGAAAUUUAUGGAAUGUUGAAAAUUCAAAAAGAAGCGUAUGAUAAAUUACAAGAAAGAAUACAGACAAUUCAUGAGAAUAUGAAAAUAAGAAUUCGAGAAUUUCAAGGGGGAAUUGAAAAAAGAGUGGAAGAGAUAGAACAAGAUGUACAAAAUAAUAUGGAACAGCUUAACCUGAAGUUUAAAGUACUCUACAAGGACACUUGUCGAAUAUGUGAUAUCUAUACUUCUGAAUUAAGUUCUGCUGAUAAUUUAAAAAAACAGAAAUUAGAAGCAACACACUUAAAACAUUUACAGAUUGCAGAAGAACUACGGGCUCUAAUGAAUUCUGAUAUUACUGUGUCACAGGAAGAUGAAACAGUGGAAACUUUAACGUUCGAUUUACAGAAAACUCAUUCUAUUCCUAAACUACCAACUGGGAUCGUUUAUUAUAAGCGACAUUUGAACUUAUACAACUUGGGCAUUUUUAACUCCAAAGAUUAA